AUGAGUGAAUACCAGCACUGGGCUGUUUAUGUUGGUGAAGGUCAUGUGAUUCACCUGGCACCACCCUCUGAACAUGCACUUGCUGGAGCCAACAGUAAGAUCAGAGCCACAGUGAAGAAAGGUAAACUUUAUGUAGUAGUCGGCAAUAAUGAUUAUCGUAUCAACAACAUUCUGGAUGAGAAAUAUGAGCCACGUCCCAUUCAAGAGAUUGUACAGGAUGCACACGGUCUUUUGGGAAAAGAACUUCCAUAUAGUGUGCUUACAAGGCACUGUGAGCACUUUGUUACAGAGCUGAGAUACGGAAAACCACAGUCCUGUCAGGUGCAGUUGAGAUAA